AUGGCUCGCUUCCUGUCUGAGGAUAAAUUAGAAGGUUUCGAUAAAUAUAAAUAUAACUCGGUGGAUACCAGCAUACUCAGUAAUUAUGUUAUGCAUCCGUUUUGGAAUUGGUGCGUUCAAUUUUGUCCGGAAUGGGUAGCGCCCAACUUGCUUACGUUCAGUGGCUUUCUGCUAACAGUCUUAAAUUUCUUCCUGUUCACCUAUUAUGAUUAUGGAUUUUAUGCUAUGACCAAAGAAAAUAUCAACAAUGACUGUAUACCUAAUUGGGUGUGGGCUGUUUCAUCUGUUAAUUUGUUUGUGGCAUACACAUUGGACGGUAUCGAUGGGAAGCAGGCGAGAAGAACUGGCACCAGUAGCCCACUCGGAGAGCUGUUUGACCAUGGCCUUGAUUCGUACUCAGCUGUCCUGAUUCCAACUUUUCUCUACAGCGUAUUUGGCAGAGAUGAAGUGAGUCCACUAAGAUUCCUGUUUCUAAUCUGGAAUAUAUUCCUCAACUUCUACUUGACACAUUGGGAAAAAUACAACACUGGCGUCAUGUUCCUACCUUGGGGAUAUGACUUCACUAUGAUUGGCUCCUGCAUAUUGUUGCUGGUGACAUCAGUGUUCGGUCCUAAAGUGUGGCACGUACAACUUCCCGGCGGCAUUUCACCGGGAGUCAUCUUCGAGUUUGUUCUCUACUUCUCUGCAAUGAUCACCAGCCAGACAGUUAUUUUGUGGAACAUUUACAAAUCAUAUCGAGAUCGCACAGGCAAGAUGCGUUCAUUCAGUGAGGCGAUAAGACCUCUGGUGCCAUUGUUCCUAUUCUUCGCGCUGAGUUCUUUGUGGGCUAUGUACUCACCCAACGACAUCAUCAACAGAGCUCCGCGGAUUUUUUACAUAUUAACAGGCACUAUAUUUUCCAACAUCAACUGUCGGCUGAUAGUGUCCCAGAUGAGCGACACGCGGUGCGAGGCGUGCAACGGGCUGGUGGCGCUGUACGCGGCGGGCGUGGCGCUGGCGCUGCAGUGCGUCGCCGCGCCGCGCCUCGAGCUGGCGCUGCUGGGCGCGCUCGCGCUCGUCAGCUCCGUCGCGCAUAUACACUACGGAACCAAAGUGGUACAAGAAAUGUGCCAACAUUUCAAUAUCGAUUGUUUCCAUAUCAAACCAAAGAUAAAGUAA